CCAGUGACGCUCGAAACAUGGCGGAAUACGACGCAUACGUUCUCAUUACAAAGAAAGGGAAUUACAAUUCUACUCAAGAAUGGCUGAACGGGGCUGAAAGUAAGCGAGUUAAAAUGGCUGAGGUUUAUCACCAAGACACUAACGUUACAUUCACUGUCAGUAGCUUUGUCAAUAGGGAUAACACAGAAGAAACCUACACACGGGCAAGGAGUGAAGAAGACCUUGAACUUCUGCAAAAUUCUGAUUUUGAGAGCACAUCAUUCGCCGGAAACUGGGUCUGUCCUCAGUGCACAAUGACCAUUUACAGCAGCGACACCUAUCGAGGAAGUCGCUCAGUUUUGGUCACAAAUAGGAGACAGGCUUACUCCAGUCCUCGACAACGUGUGAUGAUAUCACCGGGUUAUAACUAUAUCUACUCCACGUACUUCAAACUGCUCAACCUUCCUAAUGGCACCGACUAUACAACACUGGACCUCAAAGCCAAUGUCAAAAACAACGGAACAUCAAAAUUCUUAAGGCUUGGAACAAUGCCUCUACAACAAGUAAAGUUUGGGUGGACGGAAAUCGGCGGGGACUUUUUGGCACCUGAUGGCGCAACAGAAGCUCAAAUUUACAUAACCAUCCAAAGCAAAGAAAUUAAUUUCAUUCAGGAUUUUGCAAGUAUGAAACGAUUAAAACCAAAUCGACACUGGAUGGAGCUUGCCAAAUCCCGAAUAAAUCGUAUCCGAAAGGCACCGAUCAGUGUCAGACUUUCUGGACCAGUGAUUGAUGGAGUCGACGUCGAGCUUAUUCAACAUAAAGGAAGUUUCCCGUUUGGAACAGCCAUUAAACUUGACAAAUUCAAUGUACCUGAAUAUCAGUUUUUUACGGAUUUCGUACUCAGACAUUUUAACUGGGCAGUCAUAGCAAACAAACUGAAAUGGUAUGGAAUAGAGAGAAUACAGGACAAAAGUGAUUAUUCCUUAUCACUGGCCGCCUUAGACGUAUUGGAAGCCCAUGGAGUAGAGUCACGUGGUCACAAUAUGUUUUGGGGUGUUGAGAAAUUUGUGAAUUCCUGGCUUUAUGGUAUGUCACCCACAGAAUUGGUGGCGGAAAUGAAAUCACAUGUACAGGAAGUCAUAAACAACACUAAAGCAAGACUUGCUCACUGGGAUGUUAAUAAUGAAAAUCUCCAUGGUGACUGGUUUGAGCGUAACACCACUGAUCCGGAUAUCACACCAAAGAUGUUCCAGUGGAUCCACGGACAGGAACCGGAAACUAAACUGUUCCUGAAUGACUACUCAAUUAUACCAAAACCAGACCUUACCACAGCCAUCAAAAACCAAGCUGUGCGAUUCUUGAAAAAUAACGUACCUGUUCACGGCAUUGGGGCUCAGAGUCAUUUUUAUACCACUGAUAUUGAUAUGGAUGUUAUAAAGUACAGAUUGGACAAAUUGUCAGAGGCUGGGCUAGAAAUCUGGGCCACGGAGCUGACGGUGGACGAACCUGAUGACGUCAAGAAAGCUGGGGCUCUGGAGAAACUCCUGACUAUGUUCUACAGUCACCCGUCAGUGGGCGGGGUUAUUCUGUGGCAUUUCUGGAACGAGUCUCUCUGGCACCCCAACGAGAAUCUGUUUGACGGGCCAGACCUAAAGCCAAAUGCCGCGGGUCAGAAGUUUUUGGAUCUGGUUCAUGGAGACUGGAAGUCUACCAUCAAACAAAGCACCACUUCCGGUCAAACUUACAACAGAACGGCAUUCUUAGGGGAAUACAGCCUGAACGUUAAACGGAAUGGUCAAGUCAUCUACCAAAUAAAUCUCACUCUUGAUUCUGCUGGGAAGGACAUUUCUAUUUAUUUUACAGAAGACAAACAAAAAGUUUCACAUGUUCAGCUGGGAACAUGGACUUCCUACAGCGGACAGUGUGUAAAAUCCAAAGGAAGACGAGUCGCAUUCACAAUAGAUUUUGUGAUGUUGUAUAUCUGUAUAGCUUAUGCCUUUGUGUUUUCUUCCUGAUGUUUCAUU